UGCUACCUGUCAGUGACCAUCAAUGCCACCUGCCAGUGCCCAUCAGUGCAACAUCAAUGCCACAUAUCAGUGCACAUCAAUGCCACAUAUCAGUGCCCAUCUGAGCUGCCUUUCAGUGCCACCUAUCAGUGCCACCAAUCAGCGCCUCCUAUCAGUGCCAGUCAGUGCCACCUAUCAGUGUCCAUGAGUGCUGCCUAUCAGUGCCACCUAACAAUGCCAGUCAGUGCUGUCUAUCAGUGCCAUAUAUGAGUGCUGCCCUUCAGUGCCCAUCAGUGAUGCCUGCCAAUGCCCAUCAGUGCCACCUACCAGUGCCUCCUCAUCAGUGCAGCCUAUCAG